AUGGCCACCUACUUUCUGUCACGCGACCAGAUGAUUCUGUCAAAUUUGCGUCGCGAGCUAGAUUUAGUAUGGCCAGAAAGCCAGAAAGACUGUCCCUCCUGGGUUAUCUUAGAGCAGGUACCCUAUCUGAUCACCGUAUCAAGCAGCAACUAUUUUGCCCAUCACGAUGAAAAAAUAUUUGAAGAUCCAAAUGUCUUCCACCCAGAAAGAUGGAUUGGAAAUAGCAAGGAGAUGCAAAAAUGGGAGCUAGCAUUUGCAGUCGGACCCAGGCAAUGCCCUGCUAUCAGACACCCAAAGUUUAAGGAUUACUUUGUGCCGGUUGUGGACGGGGAUAAUAUGCGAGUGACAGUCAAGAAAAGACAUCAGUUCGGAGACUGGAUUAGCAUUUAA